AUGGCGUCCCGGCCAACCGGCGACCCCGAGUCCCUUGCGACGACGCAGCAGGCCCCGCUGCUCGGCAAUGCCGACGGACGGACGCGGACGACGACCACCGUGGUGGGCAAGGCUCUGAGUAGCACGGCGGACCUCGCGAAGCACCUCCCCACCGGCGCCGUGCUGGCCUUCGAGUUCCUCUCGCCGACCUUCACUGCCGACGGCACCUGCACGGCCGCCAACCGCGCGCUCACUGGCUGCCUCAUCGGCGCCUGCGCCUUCUCGUGCUUCCUCCUCUGCUUCACCGACAGCUUCCGCGACCAGACGGGCGCCGUGCGUUACGGCUUCAUCACGCCCAGCGGCCGCCUGCGCCUCAUCGACGGAGCCGGAGCCGGAGCCGGAGCCUCCCAGCAGGCGCCGCAGGACACGAGGUACCGGCUUGGCGCGCGGGACAUGUUGCACGGGGUACUGUCGUUCGUGGUGUUCCUGGCUGUGGCUAUGGUAGACAGCAACGUGGUGGCUUGCUUCUACCCCGUCGAGUCCGGCACCACCAGGCAGCUGCUUGCCGCGGUGCCCAUGGCGGCCGGAGCGGCGGGGAGCUUCCUCUUCGCUAUGUUCCCCUCCACGCGGCAAGGAAUCGGGUUCCCCGCCGCAACCACGUUUUGA